AUGCUACCACCACCCCCGCAGCUACUGCCCGUCUACCUCUUUGGGGGCAGCCUGGCCGUCGCUGUCGCGUACCUGUUUUUGACGACGACUCCUGGAAAAAAAAAAUUUACGACAUCCAUCCCGGGACUGGAAAACAACGGUCAGGUCUGCUACGUCAAUGCUCUGUUGCAGGGAUUGGCAAGUUUACCCUCAUUCCUCGAAUGGCUGAAGAAAGAGGAGAUAUUUGAGCAAAUGUCGAAGCGCACGUUCUUUAACGAUCUGCGCGAGGUGUUCGUAUAUUUGACCGAUCCGGAAAUCUCUUCCACCUCCGCUGGCGCGUUGAUCAACUCGAUGCAAGUGUUGACGAAUACGAUGGAUAUGGCCGGGCAACAAGACGUGCACGAGCUGUUCAACUUUAUUCUCCACUUGUUCAACGACGAGAUGACCCGAAAUUCCGAGCACAGCUUGUAUGAGGGCAUCGGAGUCUUCGAUCCAGCCACCGAUGAGGUUGAAAGGCUCGUCAGGAAGCCGACGUCGACGGAGAUGUUGUUUGUUGGACACGAGAACGACGACACUUCGCACAAACUGAAGGACCCGCUCAGCCCACCCUGCUACGGAAUCAUGCACCUCAAGCUGCAGUGCAUCGGCAGGAAUUGUAGUUUUAAGAAACAAACGCAAGAAGAAUUCAGCGCGAUCUGCGUGUCAGGAGCGCGGUACUUCGAUGGAAAGCUCGUCACCGUCGAGGCGAUGCUGCGCAAAUAUUUCGCGCCGGAAUUCCGGAACGGCGCCGCCUGUAACAUGUGCAAGCAGCCGAACGGCUUGAUCGCGUCGCAAGGCAUUACUCUGUUCCCUGAUGCGUUGCUGAUCCGCAUCGAGCGCAUCGUCUACGAAUACGGCAGCCUGUGCAAAUGGGACAAGCACGUUGCUUUCGGUGCGACGUUGAGGACCGAAGAUUUUCAGCCGGAUCACGUUAGAAAGGGCUCUGCGACAUCGGCCGCGGUCUCAACGUCAUCAGAGCCGUCAGAAAAAGUAAGCUCCCCGCAACCGUUCAAAAAAGCCGCCGGAAAACUCUAUCAACUCACGGCCGUCACGGAACAUCGAGGCACUCCAAACUUUGGCCACUACGUCACCUACCGGAAGCACAAGGACCAAUGGUUCUACGCGAACGAUAAGCAGGUGCAACGGGUCUCUUUCGCCGAUGUGCAACGCGCCGAGGCCUACAUGUUGUACUACGAGCUGGUGCGC